GGAGAGGGGUAGGCCCCAUACAAUUACACGCAUUUGGGACAAAGACUUUGACUUAUCUUGUGCGUACAAAACAUUUUCCAAGUCCUGUAUCUUUUUUCUCUCCCACCCCCUCUUUCGGUACGGGUUGAAUUGAAUUAAUUACAAUAGCUCAUGGAUGCCAUUAUAAAUAAGCCCUAGGAGUAGAGUCUAAUAUGUACACAAAAUUAAACGCUAGCGGCCAUGACAUCUUUAGAUUUUCAUAAACUCUGCCUUUUGGCUUAUUGCCUUGUCUUAUUCGUACAACUUCUUUCACCGCCAAGUUGCUUUGCUUUUGUUUCUGCUACUUCUACCAUGGAAGCAGAAGCGCUUCUCAAAUGGAAAGCCACCUUUCAAAACCAUACCCGCCUGCAAAAUCUGACAUCGUGGGCUUACCUACCUGCUCAUGCAAAAGCAGCCCCAUGCUUCUGGAUUGGUAUUUCAUGCAAUGUUGUUGGGAGUGUCAGUGUGAUAAACCUUACCAAUUUUGGGAUACAAGGUACGCUACAUGAGUUUUCCUUCUUAUCUUUCCCCAAUCUUCAAUACCUCAAUCUUAGCUACAAUAAUCUCUUUGAUGUCAUUCCAGCUAAAAUCAGUUCCCUCUCCAAACUCAUCUCCCUUGAUCUUUCUAACAAUUGGCUCAGUGGUUCAAUCCCAACAUCCUUAGGUCAGCUCACAAACCUUUCCACUCUCAAUCUCGGUAGUAAUAAUCUUUCUGGCACUAUUCCUAAAGAGAUAGGGAAUUUGAAAUCUCUUGUGGACCUAGGAUUGUCUUAUAACCAGCUCAUCGGUUCAAUCCCAACGUCUCUAGGUCAGCUCACAAACCUUUCCACUCUCUAUCUCGGUAUGAAUAAUCUUUCUGGCACUAUUCCUAAAGAGAUAGGGAAUUUGAAAUCUCUUGUGGACCUAGAAUUGUCUUAUAACCAGCUCAUCGGUUCAAUCCCAACGUCUCUAGGUCAGCUCACAAACCUUUCCACUCUCUAUCUCCAUCGUAAUAAUCUUUCUGGCACUAUUCCUAAAGAGAUAGGGAAUUUGAAAUCUCUUGUGGACUUAGAAUUGUCUUAUAACCAGCUCAUCGGUUCAAUCCCAACAUCUCUAGGUCAGCUCACAAACCUUUCCACUCUCUAUCUCAAUAAUAAUAAUCUUUCUAGCACUAUUCUUAAAGAGAUAGGGAAUUUGAAAUCUCUUGUGGACCUAGGAUUGUCUGAGAAUCAGCUCAAUGGUUCAAUCCCAACAUCCCUAGGUCAGCUCACAAACCUUUCCACUCUCUAUCUAGAUAGUAAUAAUCUUUCUGGCACCAUUCCUAAAGAGAUAGGGAAUUUGAAAUCUAUUGUGGGCCUAGAAUUGGCUAAGAAUCAGCUCAACGGUUCAAUCCCAACAUCCCUAGGUCAGCUUACAAACCUUUCCACUCUCAUGCUCCAUCAUAAUAAUCUUUCUGGCACUAUUCCUAAAGAGAUAGGGAAUUUGAAAUCUCUUGUGGACCUAGGAUUGUCUUAUAACCAGCUCAUCGGUUCAAUCCCAACGUCUUUAGGUCAGCUCACAAACCUUUCCACUCUCUCUCUCGGUAUGAAUAAUCUUUCUGGCACUAUUCCUAAAGAGAUAGGGAAUUUGAAAUCUCUUGUGGACCUAGAAUUGUCUUUUAACCAGCUCAUCGGUUCAAUCCCAACGUCUCUAGGUCAGCUCACAAACCUUUCCACUCUCUAUCUCCAUCGUAAUAAUCUUUCUGGCACUAUUCCUAAAGAGAUAGGGAAUUUGAAAUCUCUUGUGGACCUAGAAUUGUCUUAUAACCAGCUCAUCGGUUCAAUCCCAACAUCUCUAGGUCAGCUCACAAACCUUUCCACUCUCUAUCUCAAUAAUAAUAAUCUUUCUGGCACUAUUCUUAAAGAGAUAGGGAAUUUGAAAUCUCUUGUGGACCUAGGAUUGUCUGAGAAUCAGCUCAAUGGUUCAAUCCCAACAUCCCUAGGUCAGCUCACAAACCUUUCCACUCUCUAUCUCGGUAGUAAUAAUCUUUCUGGCACUAUUCCUAAAGAGAUAGGGAAUUUGAAAUCUCUUAUGUCCUUACAAUUGUAUGAGAAUCAGCUCAGCGGUUCAAUGCCCCAAAAUAUUUGCUGUAGUGGACAACUCCAAAACCUUUCAGUGAUAAAUAACCAUUUGACAGGUCCAAUCCCCAAAAGCUUGAAAACAUGCAAGAGCUUAGUUAGAGUUCGUCUUGAAGGGAACCAAUUCACAGGCAAUAUAUCAAAAGACUUUGGUGUUUAUCCAAAUCUUAAUUUCAUAGGUAUGAGUCACAAUAAGUUUUAUGGUGAAAUUUCACAAAAAUGGGGACAGUGCGCAAAAUUAGAAACCUUACUAAUUGCAGGAAACAACCUCACUGGCAGCAUACCUCCCGAGAUUGUCAAUGCUGACAAAAUCCAUAAACUCGACCUCUCUUUAAAUCACUUAGUUGGGGCCAUUCCGAAGGAGUUCGGGAGAAUGACUUCUUUGCAGAAGUUGAUGCUGAAUGAAAAUCAACUUUCAGGCUGUAUACCUUCGGAAUUUGGAUCACUCGUUGAUCUUGAAUAUCUCGACUUGUCCUCAAACAAAUUCAAUGGGUCAAUUGCGAGCACAUUCGGCAACUUUCUCAAAGUGUACCAUCUGAAUUUGAGCAACAAUCAAUUUUCCCAAGGAAUUCCAUUGAAGUUCGAAAAGUUAGUUCAGUUGAACGACCUUGAUUUAAGUCACAACUCACUUGAAGGUAGUAUACCCGCUGAAAUUAGCAAUAUGGAGAGUCUACAGACGCUCAAUCUUUCUCACAACAAUCUUUCGGGUUUCAUACCAUCAAGUUUUGAAGGCAUGCAUGGCUUGUCAUAUGUGGAUAUAUCUUACAAUGAAUUGGAAGGUCCCCUUCCCAACAACAGAGCCUUUCGACAAGCUUCGCCAGAAGCUUUACAAGGAAACAAAGGACUGUGCGGCAACGUUGAAGUUUUGCAAUCUUGCACAAUUGGCCCAAGAAAGGAACGCAAAUGGGUAUUUGGAAUCACAUUCUCUCUUGUAGCAGCAAUUUUACUUAUUUUUGCUUUCUUUACAAUUAAAUUCGUAGUGCAAAGAAAGAAGAAAAGUCUAGAAAAAGAAGAAAAAAACUUGGAUGAAGGAAUAUCGUUUUCAGUUUUAAAUUUUGAUGGAAAGUCAAUGUAUGAGGAAAUCAUAAGGGCGACAAAAAAUUUUGAUUCCACAUAUCGCAUCGCGAGUGGAGCACAAGGAAGUGUCUACAAAGCAAAUUUGUCAAGUGACAACGUAGUGGCUGUGAAAAAAAUACAUCAAUUGUGGGAUGGUGAGAAGAAUUUGGAGACGGCAUUCUUGAAUGAAAUAAGGGCACUAACAGAGAUAAGACACCGGAAUAUUGUGAAGCUUUAUGGUUUCUGUUCACACCAUCGACACUCGCUCUUGGUGUACGAGUUUGUUGAAAGAGGUAGCUUGGCCACAAUUUUGAGCAAAGAUGAAGAAGCUAAAGAAGUUGGGUGGAGAAAAAGGGUUAAUAUUGUUGACGGUGUAGCUCAUGCCUUGGCAUACAUGCACCACGAUUGCUUGCCACCAAUUGUGCACCGGGACAUAUCAACUAAGAAUAUUUUGUUGGAUUCUAAAUAUGAGGCCUCUGUUUCAGACUUUGGCACUGCUAAGUUUUUGAAUCCAGGCUCAACAACUUGGACUGCCGUUGCAGGCACAUAUGGGUAUGUCGCACCAGAACUUGCAUAUACCAUGGAAGUGAACGAAAAAUGCGAUGUUUAUAGUUUUGGAGUGGUUGCUAUGGAAACAAUCAUGGGAAGGCAUCCUGGUGAUUUUUUCUCAUCAUUCUUAUCAGUGUCUUCUUCGUCCACGUCGUCAUCAGCAUCAACAUUACCAUCCCAACAAAUGUCAGUUGUGGAUGUUCUGGACCAACGCAUUUUGCCUCCAACGCAUCAAGAAGCAGGGGAAGUACUUUCUCUUAUGAAGAUUGCGUUUUCAUGUUUGAAUCCCAGUCCGCAUUCUCGCCCUACAAUGAGACAAGUUACUCAACUCAUCUCAACUCAGAAGUUGCAUUUGUCGAAGCCAAUACGUAUGAUAACUUGUGGUGAAUUGCUUGCUUUAGAUCCUUUGACGGCCUGAGAAGCAGAGAGUGCUUGUUUUCGAUAAAUAAAUUUCGAGUCUUCCUUUCAGAAGAAAGAUUCUUCGUAGAUGUUUCUGUAUUGCAAUUUAUUUUUAUGCACUAGUUUGCUUGGGCUCUAGUCACUUUAUGCAGAACACUUAAUGUUUUUUCAGUUAAAACUGUGUUUACGCUUGUGAGGAAGAAAUAGAAGUUAAUAAAACAAAGAAUUGGUUUUCAUGCACAGGGAUAAUGACUGGCUGAGAAUGCAAUGGGUACACUUAUAUUACUAUUUCUAUUUAUGUAUACGGACAAACGUAAAGUCAUAGACAAAAGCAACCGAGAAGCAGACCAAAAGCAAUCGGGUUCUGGCCUAAAUAGCCUGCGAUAGGUCUUCACAUGAACUCCUUGUGGCAAGGCAGGCUUAUCACUCUCUAUACAAGAAAUCCCUCGAGGAGGAUGUUGGGCAUCACACAACUGGGGACUGCUGCAAGAUUCUUCAAAUUUGUUGACUCGUGCUGAUUGAGUUGGGCAAAACUUUUCUAGGCAUUUGAUGUGAUGAUAAUUAAAGAACCGACGCUGGCUGAUGAUCAUAUGGAUGCUAUGGAAGAAUAGGAACGACGCUGUCUGGAAUGGGGCUCGGGUGCCGCAGGAGCUGGUGGUCAGAACAGAGGGUUGGUUGCAGGAGUACCAGAAGUGGCAUAAAUCUGGUACGGAAAAAUCCAUUAAUCCCCCGCAGAUAUGGCGGAGAGCUGAAGUUGACUGGGUCAAGUGUUAUUCUCUUAUUUUGAUACAAUGAUAUAUCUAUACUAGGGUUUUUAUUCCAAGAACAGACAUUUAUUUUAUUUUAUUUUAUUUUAUUUUAUUUUUUUAUUUUUUAUAAUACCUUUUAUUUAUAAAUAAAGACAUAAACAUCACUACACAACUUACAACUGAUUCUUUAGAUUAUUUGAUAAAUUUGAACCUAAAAAUAAAUGAGAAAUGAAGAAGAGGGCUUGAGAUAGUGAUAUUUGAGAAGAAGAAAGAUUGACAAUUCCACACAUUUGGGACAACCGUUCGAAUGAGUGGAAGAGGAUCCUCUCCGGGUUCACUUUGUGGGGGAUCUUAGAGAUCUCCACAUCCUAGCCGUUCAUCGCACAUCGUGCUGUCAAUUUUCUUCAUGUACUAUUUGUGUUUAAUUUUAAAUAAAAAAAAAGUCAAAUGAUUUCUAA